AGACAGUGUUAGAGGCGCGGCAGAUGUCGGCGGGCGAAGACGUAAGGCGCGAUACGGCGUGCCGCGCCGGUACCCGCCGUAUCGCUGUACCUUAUCAACCCUUAUCAGUUAUCAGCAACUCAUCGCGAAACCGAUCGCACCGCCAUUCGAUACACGCGCGAUUCAAUCCAGAUGUGAUUUAAUUGUUCCCGAUCAUGUAUGUCCCUGUGUUUGUGAUUCUGUGCCUAUUAUUCGUGAAAUUCGAAAAUGGAAACUGUCAAGCACAACAGAUGCUGAACAAGCUGGUGUGUAUCGAGCAUGAUGAGUGCGGUGCCUGUCUCUCCGCCGCGUCGCACUGUCGCUGGUGCGCAGAUCCCAACUACAACACUGGAGCACCACGAUGCAAUGAUGAUGAGAGUCUCGUGAACACCAACUGCAGCCAAGGGUUCAUCCAGCGCCCUGCGAAGCCAGUGUGGAACGUGGUAGAGAACAGUUCUCUCCAAGACAUGAGACCCAACAGCGCUGAGAAUGUUAUACAGAUACAGCCGCAGAGGAUACAGCUUUCUUUGAAACCACGAGAAACGAAGAAAAUCAGCUUCUCUUUUAGGCCAGCAAAAAACUAUCCACUAGACUUGUAUUACCUAAUGGAUCUCACUUGGUCGAUGAAGGAUGACAAGGAAACACUCGUGUCUUUGAGGGACGACCUGCCCACGCUCCUGAAGAAUCUUACUGAUAACUUUAGGCUUGGAUUUGGAAGCUUCGCCGAAAAACCUCUAAUGCCAUUCAUAAGUACAGACUCUAGGAGACUGGCUAACCCCUGUUCCGUGGAAGAAGUGGCGUGCGAAGCCACCUACAGUUACCGGCAUCAUCUGUCGCUUACAAAUCAGGUAUCAGACUUCAUAGAGCAUGUCAACAGUAGUUCCGUGACCGCCAACUUGGAUAACGCGGAAGCUCAGUUGGAUGCCUUAGUACAAGUGAUAUCGUGCGGCGAUAAGAUCGGUUGGGCAACGCAUAGCCGGAAAAUUGUCAUCUUGUUGUCUGAUGGCUUAAUGCAUACCGCCGGGGACGGAAAACUAGGUGGUGCUACUAAAAAGAAUGACGAGCAAUGCCAUUUAGAUGAAAGAGGUUAUUAUUCGGACGCGGCGACUUACGACUAUCCGUCGGUAGCGCAAAUGUAUAGACUUUUAGACAAGUACAAGGUUAACGUGAUAUUCGCGGUGACGGAAAGUGUUAAAAACCAUUAUGAUAGCUUAAAUCAGUUACUAGAAGAUUUCACAUAUGUUGCCAAGUUAGAGAGCGACAGUUCCAACAUUCUGAAACUGGUGAAGACUGGUUACGAAGACAUCGUGAGUGUUGUGGACUUCCAUGACGAUUCCAGUUCGGGUCCGGUUAAAGUCCGAUACUUCACGGAUUGUGGAGUAAAGGGCAGACCACUGAUUGAAGGAACAAGAUGCACUGGAGUGGAGUACGGCAUGACUCUCAACUAUGAGGCUCAUGUUACGUUGGAAGCAUGCUCGGAUUUCAAAUCGUCGACGCAAACAAUCCGUAUCUCUGAAAGCCAGCUUGGUCAGGACGCUCUGACCCUUGAGGUGGAUAUCCAGUGCGGCUGUGAGUGCAGCAAUUCGGUACAAGAAGUGGUGACUCCAAUGUGUCCAGCCAAUUCACACCUAGUCUGCGGUGUGUGCCAGUGUAAUAAAGGAUGGUCGGGUCCACAAUGCAACUGUGAGAUUGGAGACGAGAAUGCGUCAGCUGAGCUGUUGGCGCAGUGUCGGGAACCGAACGCCACACGCUCGAUCCUGUGCUCGGGAGCUGGCGACUGCCUCUGCGGCAAGUGUGAGUGCGACUGGGGGUACAGCGGUCGCUACUGCCAGUGUAAAUCCUGUGAAGUUAGCUCAUACAACGAGUUAGAGUGUGGCGGUGUGGAUCGCGGGGUGUGUGUGUGUGGGCAGUGCGCUUGUGAGGCGGGCUGGGUCGGCGCGGCCUGCGACUGUCCGCUCUCCAACGACACUUGUAAACCACCUUCAGGAGGAGAGGUCUGCUCCGGAAACGGUGACUGCGUCUGCGGUAGUUGCGAGUGUACGAUAGCACAAGACGGAUCGAAGUACAUCGGCAAGUUCUGCGAGACGUGUCCGACUUGCGAGAACCCGCUGUGUAUCCACGCCGAGCCGUGUGUCUCCUGUCACUUGAACACCGGCUGCACUGACUCCUGCACCAUCGGGAACGUCAACUAUACCGUGAUCGAGAGGCUUUCUAAUACAGAAGACCCCUACUCCAGUGACGUCAUGUGCAUAUUCCGGCAAGAAGAAGGCAGUUUAGAGUGCGAGUACAAAUACACGUACUCUCCAGUCCAGUCCGAAUCUGGCAUCGAAAUCAGCAUCAGGUCAAAGGAGUGCUACCAACCCACCAGCGCCAUGAUCAUGACCAGUGGCCUAGUUAUUUUCGGCUGUGUUAUUGCAGCUGGUCUCAUCAUAAUCUUAGCAGUAAAAAGUGGGCAGAUUGUGUCCGAUAGGAGAGCUUACGCGAAAUUUUUAAAGGAGGCGCAAGAAAGUAGGCGAAAUAUGCAAGAAUUAAACCCUUUGUAUAUUUCUCCUAUUUCUGAAUUCCGUUUACCUGAUUCGUUUCCUAGGGAUAAAAAUGAUUAGAUGUUGAUUUGUCAUUUUUUUCUGUUAAAUAACUUUCGAUAUUGUUACCUACUUAGUGAUCUAUUGAGUCGAUGGUUUUGGCAGUUUAAGAGUCACAAAUUCUUUUUUCUAAGUUAAUGGCAGAUGUGUUCGCGCUUAAAAGUUCAGGAAGCGUGAACGCGAAUUGUAUUUUAUAUUAGUUAGGUUUAAAAGUAUUAGUUAAACAAUGAGAAUGUUGAGCUGAUGUGUGAAUAAUACUGAGAACAUAUUUGUAUGGUCAGCAACAGGAAUCGAUAAACACAAUUAAGACGUGUUGAUAGACCCUAAGUACACAAUCGAAUCCCAAAGUUGAUUUUGAGCUAUUAGGAUACAAAAGUGAAAAAGACCAAAGGGUGAUUUCACACCCAGGAAAAAGAUACCAAAGAGGUUCUAAACCUUGUGUACCUCCUUAAAGUUCAAUUACGAGUAUGACUGCCACUUUGUAAUUGUGUUAAUCGACAUCUCUGUUGCCAAUUAAACUUAGAAAAUUAUAAGAAUGAUAUUUCAAAAGUUUUGCUUGCUUGGGAAAUAUUCAGGGUUCUAUAUAAUGUAUUUAUGUGCGGCAUUUUUACUUAAGGUAAUUUAGAAAAUGCUUUUUGCAGUAAGUUUUGAGUAAAACGCAAUUUUUGAUAGUAUUUUGUCUUAAGUGUUACAAAGAAAAGUACAAAAUAAUAUAACCAACGUGGCCUUAAAGUUAUAAGUACCAAUCUUAUGCGAACAUAAAAGCUUUUUAAUCUUUAAACGAUUUCGAAAAUAACCACCAGUGCCUUACCGCCAUAUUAUUUAAUAAUUAUAAUUGCAUCACAAUAAGAUUUCUAAGAUAAUUUAACAUAAUAAUUUAGUUUAUCGAAAUGUAUUUAAAAUUGUAAAAAAAGUACUUAAAUUUGACAUAAUCUAGUUCGGAUUACUUUAGUAUGAUUUUGCUAGUCCGCAGUAUUGCAUUUUAUUAAUAGUUUAAUUAAUGUUUUUUUUAAUAUUAAGAUGACUACGUCGCGUAGGUAAGUUUAACCUCUUUCGUAAAUGGGGCGGUGCAUGUUUCCAAUACCUGACAACUUAAGACCAAAACGGACUGGAAUACUAAAAAAUCUAAAAACCCACUUUUUUAAUGUCAUUUGAAUACCUCUUCUAGAGUUAGUAGGGGCGUCUUUAAUGGUACUGAAAAAUCUGAAAAUCAUCGAGUCAAAUUGGAAAUCUCCUUAUUUUUUUAGUCGAUUAAAAACGUCAGGUAUCUGGGAAUUGCAUCGCUAAGUGUAAGAACAGUCUCUAUCAUAAUGUUAUUGUUAACUUUUUUUUACAAUUCACGAACAUGUCCUUUUCACUCUUUAUUUAAAACUUUAUUUCUAUGUUAAAUGAGUAAAAAUAGUCACGUCACAGUUUGUUGUAUAAAUGUUUUUUUAACUAAACCAAAAAUAAAACACUCGUUAACAU